AAUGCGCAUGUAGUGGAAAAGAACAUAUUUCUAGUUCUGCUCUUUUGUACCCGUGGCAAUUCAGUUUAGAUUACAUUUUGCUGGUGAAAACAGUUGCAGUUUCUUGUUAUUCUUGGUGAAAGGCGCGUGAUCUCUACAACAGUUUCGUUGAGCAAAUUUGUAUCCAACAUCGAUCAUGGCUGGAGGUAAAGCAGGAAAAGAUUCUGGCAAGGCAAAAGCCAAAGCGGUAUCGCGCUCGGCACGAGCAGGUUUGCAGUUUCCGGUUGGCAGAAUCCAUCGCCAUCUGAAGAACCGAACCACCAGCCAUGGACGCGUCGGAGCAACCGCUGCCGUGUAUUCCGCAGCCAUCCUGGAAUAUCUAACGGCUGAGGUCCUCGAAUUGGCCGGCAACGCGUCGAAGGAUCUCAAAGUAAAACGCAUCACUCCCAGACAUCUGCAGCUGGCCAUCCGCGGUGACGAAGAGCUUGAUAGCUUGAUCAAGGCCACCAUUGCAGGUGGUGGAGUCAUUCCACAUAUUCACAAGUCGUUGAUUGGUAAGAAGGGUGGCCCGGAGUAGAGAAUCGUCCUUAUAAGGUUACUUUCUACGCAGACAGAAAAUUUUUGUUUUAAAAAUUUUUUGCUUUUGUUUUUUAAGCGUAAAAGAAGAAGCCUGCAUUUUUUUGUUUUAUGUCAUGAACUCAAAAAAAAACCUCUUGCUAACGGUCCAAAACCAUAUUUAUAAGCCAUGCAGGUUUUCUUUUUGUUUAUUACUCUUCGCUUUUCCCCAUAAAACCUACCUUCUCUUUAUAUUAUCACAUAAUUCGCACUCAUUGGAAUCAACAAUCGCUUCAAUUGUUUUUUUACAUAAAAAAUACUCUAAAGUAAUGAUCCAAUUGAGUAUUCCGGUUAUGAAAUAUUCAAGGUUAUUAAAUAUUCAUUAAUCAAGAAAAAUACAAAAUAGUAGAACGUCCAAUAUAUAGUAGCAAAGAUAUAAGCCAGAUGUUACAGCCAGUAAGUGAAACGAUUUCUGCAGUUGCAUAUUAGACUGUAAAAAGAGCUAGAGAAACGAACGCAAAAUAAGAGAAGCAGCGAUAUUAUCUUCUGACUGUAAUAGGUAACUGAAUUUUGAGGAAAAGAAAUGCGAUCACAAACGUCACCAAAAUAUCGUGAAAUGUACUUGACUCCGUGCUUUCUCUGCGAAAUGCACCAGCAAAAGUUAGGCUCAGCAUUUUUCAAAGCUACGAGCAAUAAAUGUAUCAAAGCAUAAGGAUUGCAAUUGCUAUUGCAUGUUCGCAGGAAUAGACAAAAAAGCUAUAUUAAACUUUGUAAUGGUAGGUUCGCCAUGCUAGCGAAUCUCCGUCUGACGUCCGGCGGAGUAUUUAGAAAUGUUAGUCUCAAAUACAGCAGAAUAUUUCUUAAGAUAGAUUCAAUUCCUAUAACAACGAGGCCCAGAAGUAAAGCCAGGCGUAAGGAUGGUCUUAAAAUGAUUUUGCAGUUUCUUUCUACUAACAAACGAAUAAAUACUUUAAACAGGAAAAAACAUCA